UUGAUUCUCCGUUGCUGUCUCUACUGUGCUGGAGGACCUUCCCAGCAGGCCCCGCGCUCCCGGACAUGGCGCUGCUCAUGGUGCUCAGUCUGCCGCGAAAGCGAGCGGCGGCUUUAUUGCAGUGUAGGCGGCAUGUCAGCUGCUGGUACCCGCCGGACCGGGAGAGCAGGACAGCCAGAGCCAAGCGCAGCCAGGUUCUACACACGCUCCCGAGGCAGACUGCGUGGCAUAUUUUGGGGAAAGACAAUUCAAGGCACUUGUUAGAUGCUGCAAAGGUUCUCUCAGGAUGGCCAUCAACAAAUGUAAGGACAUGUUGGCAUGGACAUGCAGGAGGUGGUCUUCAUACAGAUCCCAAGGAAGGGCUGAAAGAAGUGGAUUCCAGGAAGAUAUUAACAGCUAUGUUUUCCUAUGUUUGGCCCAAAGACAGACCUGAUUUACGAGCGAGAGUUGCCAUAUCCCUUGGGCUUUUAGCAGGUGCAAAGUCAAUGAAUAUUGUGGUGCCCUUCAUGUUUAAAUAUGCAGUCGAUAACCUCAACCAGUUGUCCGGGAACAUGCUGAACCUAAAUGACGCCACAAGUACUAUAGCUACCAUGGCAACUGCUGUCCUGAUUGGCUAUGGAAUGUCAAGGGCUGGUGCUGCUCUCUUCAAUGAACUAAGAAACGCUGUGUUUGGCAAAGUGGCACAGAACUCCAUUCGAAGGAUCGCCAAGAAUGUGUUCUUACAUCUGCACAAUCUGGAUCUGGGGUUUCAUCUCAGCAGGCAAACUGGAGCCUUGUCCAAAGCCAUAGACAGGGGGACACGAGGCAUCAGCUUUGUGCUUAGUGCCCUGGUAUUUAACCUGGGACCAACCUUGUUUGAAGUAUUCCUUGUGAGCAGCAUCUUGUACUAUAAAUGUGGAACCAAUUUUGCACUUGUGACUUUGGGGACCCUAGGAGCUUACACGGCAUUCACCAUCGGAAUCACACAGUGGAGGACAAAGUUCAGAAUAGAAAUGAAUAAAGCCGAUAAUGAAGCCGGGAAUGCUGCGAUAGAUUCAUUGCUAAAUUAUGAAACUGUUAAGUAUUUUAAUAAUGAAAAGUAUGAAGCUGAAAAGUAUGAUGGGUUUUUGAAGACUUAUGAAAAUUCUUCACUAAAGACUACCUCAACUCUAGCAUUGUUGAACUUUGGGCAAAGUGUAAUAUUCAGUAUAGGUCUUACAUCCAUCAUGAUUCUCGCAAGCCAAGGGAUUGUAGCAGGUAAUUUGACUAUUGGAGACCUCGUCAUGGUCAACGGGCUCCUAUUCCAACUGUCACUACCCUUAAAUUUCUUGGGAACUGUGUACAGAGAGACACGGCAAGCGCUCAUUGACAUGAACACCCUGUUCACUCUUCUGAGUGUUGAUACGAAGAUAAAAAACAAAGACUUGGCACCUUCGCUGCUGAUCACCCCACAGACUGCUACCAUCAGAUUUGAAGAUGUCUGUUUUGGAUACUUGGAAGGACAGCAAGUCCUUGAUGGGGUGUCUUUCGAGGUGCCUGCUGGGAAAAAAAUAGCAAUUGUUGGAGGAAGUGGAUCAGGUAAAAGCACCUUGGUCCGACUGCUUUUCCGCUUUUUUGAGCCUCAGAAAGGAAACGUAUAUGUGGCUGGACAGAACAUUCAGAAUGUCAGCCUGGAGAGUUUGAGAAAACAAAUUGGAGUUGUUCCUCAGGAUGCUGUUCUUUUCCAUAACACAAUAUACUAUAAUUUGCAUUAUGGGAAUAUCAACGCUACCCCCGAGGAAGUAUACCAUGUUGCAAAGCUAGCAGGACUGCACGAUGCCAUACUCCGUAUGCCUCAUGGUUACAACACACAAGUAGGCGAACGAGGACUGAAGUUAUCAGGUGGUGAGAAACAGCGUGUGGCUAUUGCCCGAGCAAUGUUGAAGAACCCACCUAUCAUUCUAUACGAUGAAGCCACUUCAUCCUUGGACUCGAUCACUGAAGAGAACAUUUUAAGCUCAAUGCGAGAUAUAGUGAAGCACCGGACCUCUGUAUUCAUUGCACAUCGACUGUCCACCAUUGUUGAUGCUGAUGAAAUAAUCGUACUGGAUAAAGGAAAGGUGGCAGAGAGGGGAACACACUUUGAACUCUUAGCCAAUCCUGGCAGCCUGUACUCAGAACUAUGGCACACUCAGAGUAACAGAGUCCUGAACAGCAACAGCAGCCAGAACACAGUGCAGAGCAAUCCGCAUGUGUCCAAAGAAGAUGAAAGAAAAAAGUUGCAAGAAGAGAUCAUCAACAGCGUCAAGGGCUGCGGUAACUGCUCCUGCUAAUCCAGGAUUGGUCGCGACAACCCGAAAUAUCCCAACUGCCAUGAACUUCUCUCUUUUACUUGACUGCUCUUUCCCACCCUCACUGUAUCUUCCGUUAUUUCUUUUAGUUUUUCUUUCUCUGUCUGUGGAUUUUCUCACCUGGAAUAUUCUUUACACUGUCAGAAUUGUUGCUUUCCGUGUAUUUCUUAUGUCAUUUCCUCCCCUUUCCUAAUUUGUCCAGUGAGUUUGCUUUCUGACGUGGUUUCUCUCUCAGCUGCUAUUUGAUAAACUAUUCUUUGUCUUCGUUGGGUUAUACAGCAAAUAUCCUAACAGUUUUCUUUGUUAGACAAAUUGAGAAAAACACUGUUCCCCCGAAUAAUCAUCAUAAUCAUCAAUUUGUAUAUGAGCUGUAAAAGAAACUUGUAAUUUUGGUAAACUUUUAACAUUUGAUGAGCUGUACUUUUGGAAAAUACUUCCCAUACAGUAUAUUUUUAUUAUUAAACACAUGGCCAACUUAAUGUUUUGAGGAGUGAGGUUUGUUUUUGCGUGGAAGACUGAGCCCCUGUUUAGUGUGCUUGAAUCUAGUCCAGUAAAACCAUCAAAUUUCCUUUAUGGAAGACAUACUAUGUGCAUACGUAAACCAGCAGGCAUAUCUUAUUAUAACAGAGUACGAGUUUUCUUUUAUUGAAUUAGCUUUGAGAGACUUUAGAGGCUUACGAUCAGAGGUUUAGACACACAUAUACAGUGUCCUCUCCUUUGUUGUCUUUUUGUUUUUCUUUAAAUAUUUAGUCAUUUAUAUAUCAAGGUUUUAACACAAACAAUUUGUUUGAAAGCCUUUCCACAUUGUGAACUUUAGAACCAACAUGUUUUGUGGCCUAAUAAAAAACACUAUUCACGCUUCUACAAACAGUGGGUUAACUACGCUGGUGUCAUCAUCCGAUGAAUCUAUUGAGCAGGAGAGGGAUUCCAUUCAAUAUCUAAUAGCAGUGUUCGGUUUGUCCCAUGCCCUCAAGGGUCUUUCUAUCAUUGCUAGGGGUCCAAAGAGCCUGAAAGAAAAGAAAAUGACCUUAAUCAUUUUAAGUCAUGUAACAUACGUCAGUGGAGUUUAUAAUGUGAUCUCCAUCUAAAUCCACAUUCUCAAUCUUUAUUUCCCAAAUGACCCACUGACAUCUCUUCUGUCUUCAUACAUUCUUCAUUUUCCUUAUUUGCUGCUCUUCUAACACAUGAGAAUCCAGCUUCACUUGUCUGCCUGUCUUGUACUGCAAAUCAUUUCAGGAAAAGACAGAUGAGAGAACUGUCCUUGUGAUGUAUUUAUUUCUUAGCGUACUAAUGUAUAUGGCAGUACUUUAUAUUUUUUUUGAUAGGUGACAAAUAUUUUUAAUAAUAACAAAAAUAUAUCAAUGCUGUGAUUUUUUUUUUUGAUUUUUUUAUUUUUAUUUUUUCCUCAAAUUUAUGCUAUGAUUGAAAGCUCCAAAACAAAAAUUGCAUUUGCCAAAUAAAAUGCCGUUCCUAAAUCUUAGGGAGGGUGACAGUUUCAGAGUGGCUUCAAGACCUGUCAGUUUACAACAAAUAUUCAGAUAUCUGUUCUAUUUUCAUCAGAAUGAGCAAAAUAAAAUAUUAUAACAAAUUGGCUAUGCAUCGUAAUUACCAAAAACACUGUACAGUAGACAAACUGUACAUUCAUUUGAUAUGUAGUUGUCACACUCUGCGUGUUGAUAGUGUACAUUAGACCAAAUUUUCUGCAAAUCUUAUUCAGUUCUAUUACACUGCAUUUUGCCAGAGAAAAUGUUAAAGAUCCCCUCCUUCCCUACCGAUUAGUGAAUGUAUGUGAUUGCGAUCCAAGCACCUAUAUAACAAAGAAUUGAUAAAAGAGAGCAAUGCUCUCUUGUAUUUAUCUUUAAUAGCAGGGAAUAGGUAACCUUCUCAUGGGUUUUUUUUCAUGUUCAGACUGUACCUGCAAAUGCCACCAAACCAGAAAUAAUUUGAGUUAAUAUAACCUUCAUUCUUGGAUAUCUUCUCAGUUUGUUUUUCUUGUUUGUUCUUUUUAACUUAUUAAAAUGGUACCUUUAUGUACUGUAAAUCUUAUAAUAUAUAAAGUGUACAGUAAAAUUAAUUUCCUCUGGUUAUGUUGGAUUUGGGAGCUGCAAAAAAUGUUUUAGAAAAUAAUUAAAAGUCUUUUUUAAACCUGA